AUGGUCUCCACCACUAUCAACUUCUCUGGCCUCAUGUGCCUCUUCCUCACUCUCGGCCCUGCUACCGUUCUCUCAGCUCCUGCUCCGCAGAUACCCGGUCUCCCAGUGCCCGACAUCAUCAACCACUCUGAGACCACCAACGAAGGCGGCAACAGCGAGUUCUCUGCCGGCAGCGGCGUCAAUGUCGGCAUCCCCGGCGGCCCCUCCGUCAAUGUCGGAGAAGGUGUCCACAGCUCUCACCGCGGCCCCUGUGGUCCUCUUGCUGGUGACGACAAAUCCGCCGGCGCAGGCGUCAAUGUUGGCAUCCCUGGCGGACCAUUUGUCAACGCUGGUGAAGGCGAACAUGAACACCACGACGGCUACCCUUGCCCCGAGCCUCCAGUGGUGAUUGUCCCCACCACCACUGCUUCCGUCCAAACCUGGGCUCCUGUCAUCGUUCCCACCAACUACCCUGCCGCUCCCGUCAUUGUUCCUACCAACUACCCUGCCGCUCCCGUCAUUGUUCCUACCAACAAGCCUGCCGCUCCCGCUCCCAUGGUGCCAACCUACACCACACCCAUCUAUGUCCCCCACACGACUCCCGCCGCCUACGCUCCCGCCGUUCCCAUCGUCAAGCCAUCCACUCCUCUCAUCCCCCAACCUGCUUCUGCUCCUUCCGCCUCGCCCUCUCACUCCACCAUGCCCGUCUUCAACGCAGGCUCAUCCCUCGCCCCUGCAUCCGUUCUAGCCGUGGCAGUUCCCGUCAUCCUGGCUUUCUUCCACUAG